AUGGGUUGGAGUUUCCAUGGCCACAAACGCGAUGUCGACGCUGAAAAGCACCUGAGGCGGCUACACAAGACCACACCCUUUAUCGAAAGCCCGCUUGUCGGUGCCGACCAUGAGAACCUCGUCUUCUCCCAGCGACACGAGGCCAACAGCGUCGAGCUCUUUUUCGACUUGUUCUUCGUCGCAAACUUGGCAACUUUCACCGCCUACCACUCAAUCACAGACUUGGACUACCUCUUGGGAUACAUUGGCUUCUUCGGAAUUCUGUGGUCGUGUUGGUUUCAGAUUACGCUGCACGAUGUGCGCUUUGCGCGAGACUCGCUGUAUGAACGUAUAUGCAAGACGAUCCAGUUUAUUGCCUUUGUUGGUUUGGCCUUGGUUGGCAGCCAGUUUAAUCCUGCCAAUCAGACAGCCCCGCGCAACAACACGAACUUCCGCAUAAUGUGCUACACGCUCGUCAUAACUCGUGGUCUUUUGGCAAUCCAAUACCUCGUCGUCCUGUUCUUCACGUGGAAAGCAAAGUAUUCCAAAAUCUACCUGCCUCUGAUGCUCAUGUUUGCCAUCUAUGCAGUCAGCAUGGGUGCCUUUAUUGCCAUGACGCCUGUUUUUCGCGAGGGUAAUCAAAAUCGGCGGCACAUUUACCUUGUUUGGUAUGUCGUCAUGAUUUUGGAGGCCGUCCUCGUCAUUGCCAUCUCGUGUUUCUGGCGCAUGCUCAGCUUCAAGAAGACCCAUCUCAUGGAGCGAAUGAGCUUGCUUACCAUCAUCGUCAUUGGUGAGGGCGCCAUUGGCGUUACAAAGACCGUGUCCAGAAUCAUGGGAAAGCACGGCCUUAAUGUUGAGGGAUGCUUUCUCAUCAUGUGCAUUAUUGUUGUCCUGGUCCUGGUCUGGGCCCUGUACUUUGACAACUUCCCACAUGGCCACUACGGAACCAUCAGGCAGCAGAUUUGGAGUCUUUUGCAUUUCCCGCUUCAAAUUGCAAUCGUUGGCGUAGUUGAGGGGUCGCAGCAGCUUGCUCUCGCUCGCUACAUUAUCAACAACACCAACAAGGCCUCGGGCAAAAUUACCCAGUAUUGUCAACUUGAGAAUCUCGACGGCGAAAAGCUUUCAGACAAGCUCAUGGACUUGCUUGACUACUAUGAACUCGAUGGUAAACUCGAGACGAGAAGCUUCUUUCAUGAGGCGCGGAAUGCCAUCUGGAAAAUCGGAAACACAACCAAUAUCUGCUCGCCUGAUACAUCCAACAACUACACGUUUGGUGACGAGACCAGGUAUAGCAAUUGGCCAACUGCGUUCAAGGAUCUGUCCUACGCCAUCAGCAACGGCAUGUACACUGGCCUUGGUAUGAAGCUCCCCGUGGACAAACUCGAAAAGCACAGCCCGCUCGAGGUAGGCCUCCAUGCCUGGAAACUCGUCUACCUGUACUUUUGGACUUCCUUCUGCAUCCUCGUCCUGUGCUUGGUCAUCUUCCUAUUUCUCAUCCGCCGCCACAAGGCCGACCUCUUCGACUACACAUCCGUCAUCUCGCGCAUGAGUGCAUUUUGCGUCGGUGCGGCAAUGUUGGCGCUCAUGGCCAACGACGCCAAGAUCUACGCCGCCAUUGAAUCGCCCGCUCUUCUGCCAGUCUGUGUGACACUUCUCUUCCUCAUCCUUGUUUGCGACAAACUAAGCUGCUUGUGGUGUAACAAACAGCUCAAAAAGAGCGGGAAGCCAUACGCACUCGAAGUCGACGAACACGAACAUGGCCACGGCCACGAGCACGACCACAAUGCACACGUGGCCGUACAUGAGACGGGCGGGGCGUAUAACAAUGUACCGCACGACGCUUCUGCCGUGGGGAUCAGUGAAGUGAACAAUGCCUCACGAUGGAGCAUGCAUCCAGAGGACUUGAAGCCCCUCACUGCUUACAACUCAGGCUACAGUGCCUCUCAACAUAGCAUCGCCAUGGAAUCAAUCCACAGCACGCCAGAUACUACCCCUCAUGUGCUAAGCCCAGAUCCAGUCGCUCGUCAAAGCUUCUUGGCCGUCACUCCCGCUGGAUAUGCUCCGGUCAACACAGAACCAAAAGCAUAA